AAAAAUCCCAAACGUUAAAAAUCCCAUUUAUUAGCUUAACUCCUCUAAAACCAAUCAAUCUUUCUCAUUUGCUUAUUCAGACUUGAGAGGCGUGAGAAAAAAAUGGCGAUGGAGAAAGCCAAGCAGAUCGUCUCAUCAAAUCCCGUCGUCGUCUUCAGCAAGUCGUACUGUCCUUACUGUGUCGAUGUGAAGAAGCUGUUAUCUCAAUUAGGCGCCUCUUUCAUCGCCAUUGAAAUGGAUACUGAACGUGACGGAAGUGAGUUACAAAUUGCACUUGGUCAGUGGACUGGACAGAGAACUGUGCCAAAUGUGUUCAUUGGCGGAAACCACAUUGGUGGAUGUGAUGAUACUACUGCCAAGCACAGAGAAGGAAAGCUAGUACCUUUGCUGACUGAAGCUGGAGCUAUCAGCAGCAGUACACCAGUUAAAUAAACACUACAAUGGAGGACUUUGCUAAUGACUCUACUAUUAGGUACUAGAAAAUUGAGCGUUGUGUUUCUAAAUAAAUACAUGUACCUUGGUUGACAAGAUUCAUUAUCUCAAUAACAGCUGCCACUUGGUCGUUUUUUUUUA